AUGGAGGGCCUAUCCUUUGCUUGGAGAGGCCACUCCUUCAGGAUUACCCUAUGCACCUACUGCGCACGCCGAAUACCCAGCUGCACCAGCAAACACACCCUCCUCCGAAAUGCCUGCUCCAUCCCACCGCCAAAACGCACUUUUCAAUCAAGCACGCAUCACUCCCUUGGCCAAGAAUCCCAAGCACCGCAAGCCUAUCCUUUGAAAGGAUACUACUCGGACAUCCUCUCACAGCCAACCCACAUCUCAAGCCCCUCCCGCCCAGCCACCUCCAUCUCCUCCCCGCCCCCUUCAGAACCUCGCGAGCCCACCCCCGCCGAAAAGAUGAGCAUCGUCUUCGGAACUCGCCUCGCUGGUCCGGGCUACACAUCCCGCUACAACCCCUCCACGCCACCGGACUCAACCUGGCAGACCAUCAACGGCGUGGCAGUCCCCCCGCGACCAAUGGAGCCGGAUAAUUGCUGCAUGAGCGGAUGCGUGCACUGUGUGUGGGAUGAUUACCGGGACGACGUUGAGGAAUGGGCGAUGCGCGUACGGGAGGCGAAGCAGCGUCGACCUCGGGUGGAAGCUGCUGCUAAAGACAAGGGGGAUAUGAAGCAUAAACCCCGACGGGAGGUCGCGAGCGCGAGUCUGAGGGACCUGUUUGAGGGAAUACCCGUGGGAAUCAGGGAAUUUAUGAGAACGGAAAAGCGAUUGAAAGGAGAAGAAGAGGCUUCGGGAAGCGUCCUGACACGGGGUUUGGCACAACAUUGA